UGCUGGGGAUGGAACCCAGGACUUCACACCAGCUAGCAAGUGGUCUAUCACUGAGCCUCACCUGCAGCCAUAAAUAACUUUUGUCAUGUUACUUUUCUUCAAAGGAAUUGAAACGCUUUCUCAAGGAGAAAUGAAGAAGAAAACUCUGUGUGCCCUGCACAUGGGAGAUCAAGAGUAUGACGAUAUGGAAGGUGAAGGAAGCAGAAAUAAUACUGCUGCUGCCGGUCUGUUGUACAGUGAAGCAGACAGAUGUCCAAUAUGCCUUAAUUACCUAUUAGAGAAGGAAGUUGGUUUUCCAGAAAGUUGUAAUCAUGUCUUCUGUAUGCCCUGUAUUCUUAAGUGGGCAGAGACACUGGCUUCAUGUCCUAUAGACCGAAAACCUUUUCAGGCAGUGUUUAAAUUCAGUGCUUUGGAAGGUUGUGUUAAGGUUCAAGUAAAAAGACAACUAAGAGAAGCAAAAGAAACAAAAAAUGAAAGCUCUUUUAAGAAACAGCUAUCUUGUCAUGAAAGACCUAAAGGCUUUAUAAGAAAAAAGGCCAUCAUAAGAGAAGAUCUGUUAAGUGUAAGAUUUUAUGACUUGACAUUGCUUCAUAGGAACUCUUCAUACAGUAAAAUGGGAGGAAAGAAAAAUGCACCAAUAAAGAUCGAUAAGCCUCGAAGAUCAAAUCAGUGCACGAGUUAUUGCUUCAGAAAUUUUUUCUCCAAUAUAUUUUCUUCUGGUAGCCACAAUGGAGAAUCUUCCUUUACCUAUAGAGCUUACUGUACAGACUUUACAGAAGUCAGUGAAAUCAGUGCAUUGAUUAGACAGAAGAGACAGGAACUGGAACUAUCGUGGUUUCCUGAUUCAUUACCUGGAAUUGGAAGAAUUGGUUUCAUACCUUGGAAUGCUGAAGCAGAAGUUCUUCCUCUCCUUUCUUCCAUUUUUCCAAGAGCUGCUUUUCCAACAAGCACCUUAUCUUUCAAAAAUUUUGGUACCUCUUGCAAGGGCUAUGCACUAGCACAUACCCAAGAAGGAGAAGAAAAGAAGCAAACUUCUGGUACUUCAAAUACCAGAGGAUCAAGACGAAAACCUGCAGCAACCCCUACAAGGAGAUCUACACGUAACACAAAAGCUGAGACAGUCGCCCAGUCUCAGAGAUCCCCAACAUCAAACAGUUCUGGGUGUGAUGCCCCAGGUAACGGUAAUCCCUCUGUGAGUGUUUUAUCUCCAACUGAGUCGGAAAAGCAAACAAGGCAGGCUCCAAAACGGAAGUCUGUGAGAAGAGGAAGAAAGCCACCUGUAUUAAAAAAGAAACUUCGGCGAUCUAUGCCUCCCCCGGAAAAGUCACCGUCUAGCGAUUCAGUAGAGGAAGAAACAGUGGAGUCUGACUUACCACCUGUGUUAGAAAAAGAGCAACAGUCAGAUGUAGAAAAAAGUAAUAACCUUUGUUCUGUUCAGACAGGUGAAGAGAAACAGGCUGCUCAUUGCUUGGAAAGUUGCAGUGAACAAAUGGAAAAAAAUGAGGAGUGCAGGGAAAAUCAUGACGUGGAGCAAAAUGUAGAGUCUUCACAUUCUGAGUCUUGUACAGAUGACCCUCCUGCAUUGGUUGGAGAUGGGGAGGAGAAUGAAAAACUUGAGACUGUAGCUGUAGAGGGCAACACAGUGAGCCUAGAAAGUAGAAAUUCUAAAGAUAUUUUUGAAAAAGAAAGUGAUCCAUUAGAAAGUCAAGACCAGAUACUGGGAUCUUCAGAAUCAGAGACAAAGGCAGUUACCUGUUCAAAUCCUCCAGGUGAUUUCCUUAUGUGUUCAGGAUCUGAAAUUGAAGUGCAUCAGGCUGUAUCCAGUCCCCCAGGGGAGAUAACUGAGAAUGCAGAAUUAGGGGAUAGUGAACAAAAAGUUACAGAGGUAGAGAGUCCUACAGUGGGAAUUAUUGAUCAUCAAGAUUCAACAGAGAAAACAGAAGAGCUUGUAGAGAACCCCAAGCUAGGAUCUUCUGAGGGUGAAAUUAUACUAACAGUGGACAGAGAAACUGUUGAGACCUCAGAAAUUCAGUUGCCUACACAUAAUGAAACUGAAGACGCAGAUAUAGCAGCAACAUGUGAAACUGCAGAAAAUAAAAAUGUUAAUAGUACUGAAAACUCUGAAAAUAACUUAAUAAAAAAUCUGAACAUGUUGGAUCAGUCUUUAGAAGAAAAGACUGGAUCUCUGGUUGAGCAGCCUAGACAUGUAGAGUUGCUCAGCGCACACAGUGAACAGACAGAGAAGCACUUCAGUGAGGACAACAAUGAGAUGGUACCUAUGGAGUGUGACUCGCUUUGCAGUGACCAAAAUGAACCUGAAAUUGAAGCAGCUGUAAGUGCUGAUUCUAAGCAGCUGACCGAAAAUUCUGUGGUACAUAGUUCUGAAAAUAACAUGCCAUCUUCCAGCCCUGUAAAUGAAAAAGUUGAAACUAUAUCCCAGACAUCUGAAAACCCAAUGGAUAUAGUAGAUAAGUCCAAAAAACCCCGUACUCGGAGGUCUAGAUUUCAUUCUCCAUCUACAACAUGGUCUCCCAACAAAGACAUUGUACAAGAAAAGAAGCGCUCCCAGUCUCCAUCUCCCAAAAGAGAAAUUGGGAAAGAAAGCCAGAAGUCUCGUUCACCAUCUCCUAAGAAAGAACCUGCUAGAGGACGGAGAAAAUCUCGUUCUCAGUCCCCCAAAAAAGAUGCGACAAGAGAAAGGAGGUAUUCCCAGUCUCGAUCUCCAAAAAAAGACAGUACCAAGGAAGGCAAAAGAUCUGAAUCACCAUCCCCAAGAAGAGACACAUGUAGAGAUAGCCGAAGAUCUCAGUCAAAGCUGAAAGAUACAUCCUCAAGAGAAAAAUCUAGGUCCCAGAGCAGAGAAAGAGAAAGUGAGAGAGAUGGACAGAGGAGAGAUCGAGAUAGGAGAACCAGAAGGUGGUCCCGAUCCAGAUCUCGGUCUAGGUCACCUUCAAGAUCUAGAACAAAAAGUAAGAGUGCCUCAUUUGGUAGAAAUGAAAGAGGUAGUUACUCUCCUCGGUGGAAGGAAAGAUGGACAAAUGAUGGUUGGAGAUGUCCGCGAGGAAAUGAUCGGUACAGAAGGAAUGAUCUGGAGAAACAGAAUGAAAAUAUGAGAAAAGAAAAAAGUGACACCCUUCUAGAUGCUGAGGAUCCAAAUUCUGCUGACAAACAUAGAAAUGACUGUCCCAGUUGGGUGACAGAAAAAAUAAAUUCUGGUCCUGAUCCAAGGACCAGAAAUCCAGAAAAGUUAAAAGAUUUCCACUGGGAAGAAAACAGAAAUGAAAAUUCAGGGAAUUCUUGGAAUAAAAACUCGGGUUCAGGUUGGAUGUCUAAUCGUGGACGGGGUAACCGCGGCAGAGGCGCGUACCGAGGUGGUCUCACCUAUACGGAUCACAGUGAGGGAAGGUGGCAAAACCGAAAACCCCUCUCAGGGAAUUCAAACAGUUCAGGGAAUGAUUCUUUCAAGUUUGCGGAACAGCAGCCCUAUAAACAGAAAAGCGAGCAGGAGUUCUCCUUCGACACCCCGGCAGACAGGUCAGGGUGGACAUCUGCCUCGAGCUGGGCUGUGCGGAAGACCCUGCCCGCGGAUGUCCAGAACUACUACUCCCGGCGAGGGAGGAGUUCCUCGGGCCAGCAGUCUGCGUGGGUGAGACAAGAGGAGGCAGCUGAGCAGGGUAACAUGUUUUGCCCAUCUCUGAAAGGCGGGGGCAGGGAUGAGGCUAGCAUUUGUAAGGCCCUGGACUCGUCCUCUAGUACUGCAAGAAAUGAAACAGCAGGACUGCCCCCACCCCCGCCCCCGCCCCCGCCCUCCCAGCAGGUCAGCUACCUGGCUUCACAACCAGAUGGAAAGCAGUUGCAGGGUAUUCCGCCUGCAGCCUCCCACGUGAGUACUAACUCGGGCACGCCGGCCCUGACUGCUGCGACGGCAGCCCCGGGAAGUGCGGGCACCGCUCAGGGACCAAGUUCUGGUAACACUUCGUCAUCGAGUCACAGCAAAGCCUCUAAUGCUGCUGUAAGAUUGGCAGAAAGCAAAGUAAGUGUUACGGUGGAAGCCAGCGCAGAUAGCUCGAAGACAGACAAGAAAUUACAAAUUCAAGAAAAAGCAGCACAGGAGGUAAAACUGGCAAUUAAGCCAUUUUACCAAAACAAAGAUAUCACCAAGGAAGAGUAUAAAGAGAUUGUCCGGAAAGCAGUAGAUAAAGUUUGUCACAGUAAGAGUGGAGAAGUAAAUCCUACGAAAGUGGCAAAUCUGGUGAGAGCUUAUGUAGACAAAUACAGGCAUUCCCGGAAGGGGGGCCAGAAGAAGGCUGCGCAGGAGCCGGCGGCGGCAGCGGUGGCAGCGGUGGCAGUGGCGGAGCACGGUGCAGGCUGAGGGCAGUGCCACCGGGACUGGGACCCCUGCGAGGAGCGAGGCCCCGUGCUGCACCGAGUCACGAGUAACUGUGAUGGAAACUGGUUUUGAUAAAGUUAUUUUUUUUAAUGUAGGAUAUGAUGUUUUGUUCUAAAUAAAUAGUUCUGCACUGCAACUUCCUGAUACCCUCACCUCAAAUAAGUAAAUUCAAGGGAAGGUAAAGGUUUAUAGGAGUGCAUUUUUAGCAGGACUGUGCAGUAGGGUGGAUGCUGGAAGAUGUGCAGCUUUUGGAUUGGACAGUGUAACUGGUGCGUAAAUGAGAGGCCUGCGUGCACUGGUUUUGGAAGAGAUAUAUGUAUAAUACAUUUAUUAUGUCAGACUAAAAAAUAAAGGAUGAAUUUUAUGGCUUUCCCCCUCUAAUUAUAGAAAGUUAAAAUAAUGUAUUACCAUGAGAGAUAUUUCUAAUAAAUAGAAUAUACCCAGUUGCAGGGUUCCUCAUGUGUAUUUUUAAAGCACAUAUUUGCAUAGAUAGAAAACAAAUUAUCACAUGAGUAAAAUUUAGUGUGCAAGACUUGGAGAACUCUUUGCCUGUGUAUCACCAAAUAAAGGUUUGCUGCUGGC